AUGGCAAGCUUUGGUGGAUUUGAAGCUGCAGUUCCUGUCGUACACGCUGCUCCUAUGGCGAUUGCUGCUCCAGUGUACCCAGCCGUUCAUUCUUUCUAUCAUCACCACCAUGGGCUACCCGUUGAGGUCAGAAAUACCAUGCGUACCACAGACAAAGAAGCGGGACACUUUUCUGGCACCAUGCAUCGCUCAUCGGAUUUCGGAUUUCCUUUCCACAAGAGAAACUAG